ACUUUCCUUUCCUCAACAACCAACUUCUCGACCUCGACCUGCACCCCUCUCCACCAAACUAUCACAGCAAGAACCACCAGACACGAUGGCAUCUUCUGUACUAGGAAAGCGGACUCGAAGCUCAACAAACUCUGGUAUGUCGUCGACCUCGGCUUUCUCAAGCUCCACUAAUCGCAGCUUACAGUAUCGAAACGCGUCAAAAUCUGCCACCAGCCUGAGAUCUUCAACGACGAGAACGACAACCCUUUCGUAACGAAGGUUGCACAUAACGAAACACAAGAUGGCGAGCCAAUGGAGAUUGAUGAGUCGAUACCGGCAAAGCACGGCGCUGCUGGAGGACGAAUUGUCUUUUCUGACUCGAAAUCAAAGACGCAUUUCAACGCGAAUCAGAAUGACGGCAACUCAAAGCGCAUCCAAAACCCCACGCCUCAGACUCCGCGACAUCGAGAUGCGCUGUCGAAGCAAGCUCCCGUUACUCCCAGACAUCGCGUCAUGCUCGCUGGAAAGCCAUUGACUCCUGGCACUCCACGUACGCCGAUGACACCUGGGGGAUCAAUCACUACUAUCUACAGUAAAGCACGACAACUGUUCACACGCAGCACGGAACCUGGUCGACUCGUUGGAAGGGAGUCUGAGCGAGAGGAAUUGUCGAGUUUUGUCAGGGAGUCAAUCGCCAAGACGUCAGGGGGUUGUACCUAUGUCAGUGGACCACCAGGGACUGGAAAGAGCGCUAUGGUCAACGAGGUUACAGAGUCAUUCGAAUCAUCGUCUACAGUCAAGAAGGCAUACAUCAAUUGUAUGAGCAUGAAGACUUCUAAGGACUUGCAAGGAAAUCUGCUGGAGAACCUUUGCGAGGGUAUCGAAGUCGUCGAGGUAGAUGAGAUCCAGACUUUGCAGGGAAUGUUUGUUCCGAGAAAGAAAUCGAACACGGUCUAUAUCGUUACUCUUGACGAAAUCGACCAUAUCCUUACGCUGGACCUAGAGAUUCUGUACAAGCUUUUUGAGUGGUCCCUCCAGAAAUCGUCACGCCUAGUCCUGAUCGGAAUCGCCAAUGCUCUGGACAUGACCGACCGAUUCCUUCCUCGACUCAAGGCCCGGAACUUGAAGCCCCAACUACUACCAUUCCUCCCUUACAGCGCCGCUCAGAUUAAGAUGGUCAUCGUAACUCGACUAAAGUCUCUCAUUCCAGCCGACAGUCCAACGCCAGAUUACGUCCCUUUCCUUCACCCAGCAGCUAUUGAGCUUUGCUCUCGGAAGGUUUCCAGCCAGAGUGGUGAUUUGCGCAAGGCUUUCGACAUCUGUAGGCGCGCCAUUGACCUGAUUGAGUCCGAGACCAAGCAGAAGCAUGAUCAAGCGUUGAUUGACCGGGAGUGCCCUUCUAGCCCAUCUAAAAAACCACUCGAGGAGAAUGCGAAUCUUGCUUCUCCAGCGAGACAGCAGACAACCAAACUCGUCCCAGCGAAGGCUCUGGCCAAGUCGCUGGGAGCUCUUACCGUUGAGACCGCGCCGCGAGCAUCCAUCUCGCACGUCAAUAAGAUUACCUCUUCCACUUUCGGUAACGGAGCAAAUCAGAGACUCAAGACUCUGAAUCUCCAGCAAAAGGCAGCUUUAUGCGCCUUGGUAGCGGUUGAGAAGAGUAAGCGAGAAGCAGCAGCAAACGUUAUGGCCACACCUUCCAAGUCCAAGAAUGUGGCGCCUACUAUCAAAGCAUUGUACGACAUAUAUUGCAAAUUGUGCACUCGCGAUUCGAUUCUCCACCCUCUCACCAGCACGGAAUUCAGAGACGUGAUCGGAAGCUUGGAGACCCUGUCCCUGAUCAGCGCAGUUGAUGGCCGGAACGGCUCAUUUGUAGCCUUGAACGCCGGACCCAGAAAAGGGCGGGCUCCAAAGUUCGGAGGCGGAAUUGGUAUAGGAGAUGAAAAGCGUGUUGGUAGUUGUGUUGGCGAGAAGGAGGUUGCGCAGGCUGUUGAAGGCUUAGGUGCUGGUAUAUUGAAGAGUAUUUUGCAUGGAGAGGGUCUAGACUGGUGACAUUCCUUGUGGUCUUGUGUCAGGGAGUUUUUGAUAUCCGCAUAGCGAAAUGGUGGUCAAUUGCAUUAGAGGAGCACAGCACAGCAUUGCAUGGGACGGCGUUGAAUGGUAACAUUUGUAUAGAUUGUACCAGGAUAGGUGAUAGAUUUGGCAUGCACUGCUCUCAGGCAGAAAGGAGUAAUUAUAAAUGUAUAAUUUCCGGACAAUGCUUCUCGUUUCUACUCUUUUUGAACCUUUUACGUGUCCCCCUGGCGACUUACCAUUUUCCGUUUUUGAUUGGUUUUGGCCAAUCUGAAAUGCUCUUACACUGGAGUUUACAUGCUCAUAUUCAUGAAGACGAGAUGUUGCUGCAGAGUGAUUGUUGGCACGGCUCGCACGGGUAGUGUUUGUUGACUUUCCUUCUCGCUUCCGAAAC